ACUUUUAUUCCUUUUUCCUUUUUAUUAUCCACUUUGACUCUGGCAUCGGUCUGUCCUGCUCCAUCACAGCUGUGCUUCUCCUGGAAAAGGCAGGAACUGGACAUAGGAAGUGAAGGUUGAGGGUGGGGGGGACAUUAGCGCUGGUACGUCCUGUGUGGUCACGAAUUGGAUCGGCUAUAGACUUUAUGUAUUAAAAGGAUUCCCGUAGACUGCGGAAACGAGCGACUCCUGUUCCUGCUGAGAUGGCAGACAUCAGGCACGGGCACGUCUAUCCUGUCUGCUGGGGCCAGCAGCAGUCUGGGCAAUAUCUGCUGAGUUAGUCCCCCCACCCCGAGGAAGCCUUCCUCCAUCAUUGUGUGCCCAAAUACUCCUUUAACAAGAUGAACACAACUGAGCUGAACCAGAGCGCUGUGACCUUCUGCCUUCUGGACAUUGGUUACUCUCAGAUCUUCAACACGUGCCUGCUGGAAGUCAUUGUCAUCCUUUUUCUCACCGUGCUGAUCAUCUCUGGUAACUUGGUCGUCAUCUUUGUGUUUCACUGCGCACCUCUCCUCAGCCACCAUACCACCAGCUCUUUUAUCCAGACGAUGGCCUACGCUGACCUGCUGGUGGGAGUAAGCUGCCUUAUUCCGUCCCUGUCUUUGCUACACCAUUUGAAAGGGCUGGACGAGGAGCUUACCUGCAAGGUGUUUGGUUACAUGGUGUGCGUGCUGAAGAGUGUCUCCAUGGCCUCGUUGGCUUGUGUUAGCGUGGACCGGUAUGUGGCCAUUACGCGGCCGCUGUCCUAUGCGGCCUUGGUGACACCGUGCCGUCUGCGGGCCUGCAUUGCUCUCAUCUGGAUCUACUCCUGUCUAAUCUUCCUGCCCUCUUUCUUUGGCUGGGGCAAGCCUGGGUAUCACGGUGAUGUCGUCAAGUGGUGCUCGUCGUCCUGGGCCACCCAGCCGCUCUUCACUGCCUUCAUUGUGGCGGCACUCUAUGCGCCUGCAGCCCUCACCGUGUGCUUCACAUACGCCCACAUUUUUCGGAUAUGUCGUCAGCACACCCGACAGAUCAGCGAACGCCGGGCACGGUUCGGCCCGCAGGAAACCGAGCCCGGAGAACCGCCUGGCCCGGACAAGCGCUAUGCCACCGUGCUCUUCCGCAUCACCAGCGUGUUCUACCUGCUGUGGCUACCUUACAUCAUCUACUUCCUGCUAGAGAGCGCUGGAAUAUACCGGCAUCCUGCGGCCUCCUUUUUGACCACAUGGCUUGCAAUCAGCAACAGCUUCUGCAACUGCCUCAUCUACAGCUUGUCAAACAGCGCCUUCCGUAAAGGCCUCAAGCGCCUCUGUUUGAUCUGCAUAAAACGCACAGACACCAAGAAACCCCCCGGGGUGCCUCCGGCUCCUCCUCGCCCGGCCUGUCACGUCUAACGCCCAGUACAGACCAGAGAAUUUCACAUAUUGUGUGCUAGUCUCGGUCAGUGGAAACAGGCUUGUGUUGGCAUCUGGGUGAUGUUCCCAGGUCUUGUCCAGGAGUCUGGUUGUCUUCGUGACAAAUCCUUGAGGCAGUGGAGUCACCUUUCACCCCGCCCAUCAGUGUUGAAGGGGUAGUUAGGGCUGCUGUUUUGUGCAGCAAGCACAAAUAACAGUUCUUUAUGCAAGACAUGACAAACCAGAUGAAGAAAAAAAAUGUCAUGACACUGAAAGAUUAAAAACCUAUGCUUCUUUGGCAGCACAGGUUUUGCCGAUUGUAUAACUUCGCCUCUGGUCACAGGACGAAUGUAUGAGUGGAUCAACAAACAAAUGGACUAUUCUGCUUGAGUCCAGAUUGCACAAAGAUGCACUUUCUCACUGGAACACAUGGGACCUCACUGCACCGUUCCCUCUCUAGAUUAGUGUUGUUUAAAAAUGUUAAUCACCACCCGAGGGGGGAAAAACCUCCCUUCUGUUGACUUUUCGCAUCUCUGGAUUUGUCAUUUGAUGUGAUGUUUCUUCAUACCGUGCAGCAUAAGUGUAGCACAGCUGUCUUGGCAUGUUUGGUUUACUUUCCAAAAUGGAGGUCUUCAGCUAUAGUACCCUAAAAUAUUUAUCAGAAAACAAAAAAAUACCAUACGGACCACACUUGGCACGAGCCGGAGAGCUGCGUCUCUCAGCUAUACAGCAAAAACUAUAGCCGACGUAACAACACAACACCAGGUUAUUAUUGUCGCAAAAACACACCUGGUUGAAGGACACACAAAUACAAGCAAGCAAAAAAACAAAACAAAUAAGGCUGUGAGUCUUGUUGGAGGGGAAAAACAACCCUCAAACAAACAAAAGGCUACAUGACUGUUUUAGCAAGGUCCAAAUAUUUCCUUUGUAUAUUAAUAACCUGGACCUUUCUUUCUGUACAUAAUUCCUAAUUUAUAUACGUGAAGGUGCCAAGAAAAUGGAGGACACUGGAACCUGCCUCCUCCUCCUCCCCCUCCCCCUCCUUGUCUCUUGUCAGUAUAAUCCCUGCUGUGAGCUUGAAGUCGGUUUGUUGUCACACUGGUCACUUCACUUCGCGGUACUGUUUUCCUUUAGAUAGCUUUGUCUUCUAGUUGACCAAAGUGAAAUAUUUAACGGACCUUUCUUUUAUUUUCAUUUUUAAAACAACAAAACAAACCUAAUGAAUGAAAAUGUCAUGUUUUGAGAACACGUAUACAAUAGUGUCUCCUGUACUGUGUGUGUGUGUGUGUGUGUGUGCGCGCGUGCUUGGAUCUAAAGAAUCUAUUUAUUAUAUCAGUAUCAUUAUAAAAAAACUUGUGCGUCUUGAUGUCCGAGUGUUUUAUAUCCAGUAGAACUGUGACGAAGAUCGUUUUCUCUAAGACGUACCAGGCAGUUUUAACCAGCAAAGAAGAAGAAAAAAUUUUUUUGUUAAGACACUUUACUGCAUGUUGGAUAUAGAUUAUAGAUUUACUUUUCUAACUCCAUGAUACACAAUCUGCUUUAACCGUGAAGUCGUCUUUGUACUUAGAGAUGUACGCGAUGUCAAGGAUGAGAGUGUUUUAAAAUAAACGUGGUUUUAGACUGUUUCUUAACUGCCAUGUUAGGGCAGGGCGCUGUGCAAUACGUCCGUUCGGGAGGUUCUGAAAUAAAAUGGCAGAACUACAUAUCACAUACAGAGAGUGGGUGGGGAAAAAAAGGGCUUUUAUUUCUUCCACGUGUUCCAGCUGUGUGUUGAAACUUCAGAUCGCAAUCUGGUGGCCUCUGGCCAUGUGCUUGGACACAUUUGGACUGUAGCUGUAGUGUUCGAGUGAGAGUGAAGCGAGUCGAGCCGUAAGUCUUAACUCCGGAGCCAUCUUUCGUUAUUAAGUGCACAUGACUUUGUUUUGCGUGUGUUUGUUGGUAACGCAAGCAAAGAAACAAAAGGCGUAAAAGAGCUCCUUUCGCAUUUUACUCAUUUUUAUUGUUUCUGACCGUCAAGGAAAAAAAAUGCUCGCUGAAGUGCAGAUGGUCAAGAUUAAUGUUUCCUCUCUGAUUUUAGAGAAACAUAGAUUUAUUUAUUUUAUUUUUUUUAUUUUUUUUAAAGAAUCCACACUCGGAAUACACUUUUUUUUUUUUUUAAAUGUAUUUAUUUUUUUUAUUUUAUUUUAUUUUUUUAAGGACCGGUUUAAGAGCAAAGUUCAGGUGACUUUGUGAUUAUUUAUUUAUUUCAUUUUUUUUAAUUUUUUAUUUUUUUUUCUUUUUAAAUCAGGAUGUUUCCUGGAAAAUGAUCAGUUAUUGAAGUAGAGGAGGGCCAUAAUGACAAAAAAAAAUUGAUACUUGAAGAUUUUACAUUAAUUUAUCAAGAUCAAUAAAUUCAGUGGUACCUUUAUU